AAUCAUGUAUGUCAAUAGCAACAAGCCAACUGGUUAACUAAUAGCAAAAAGGUGAAAGAAUAGAAAGACCCUGGACCCUAGUGGGACCCAUUUCUUAAAUUGGUUUACAGAAGGCCAAAAUAAAAAAUAAAUAAAUAAAUAAAUAAAAACCACUUUAGUCCCCACUAUGUGUCUCAACAAACCCAACUACAAAAAGCCCCACAAGCCCUUCUUUCAUCUAUCAACAUUGUCUUUGCCUAGCUCUCUCAUUGAGGCAUUUCACAAACACUUGCUCUCUCAUUGAGGCAUUUUACAAACACUUCAACUUCACAGCCAUGGCCAGGCCACAACAGCGAUACCGGGGCGUCCGACAGAGGCAUUGGGGCUCGUGGGUGUCCGAAAUUCGCCACCCAUUACUGAAGACUAGAAUUUGGCUAGGGACAUUCGAGACCGCGGAGGACGCUGCACGAGCCUACGACGAGGCAGCGAGGCUAAUGUGUGGGCCUAGGGCACGGACCAACUUCGCUUACAAUCCUAAGGCGGCGCAGUCAUCGUCAUCCAAGUUGCUCUCGGCUACCUUGACAGCCAAAUUGCACAAGUGCUAUAUGGCCUCACUUCAAAUGACCAAACCAUCAAUACAAGAGCCUCCUCAAAGGGUAGUUCAAAGCCCACAUGUUGCUGCUAAUGGCAUUGUGAGGGAUGUCAACGGAGCGGAUAGGUGGUCACCGGAGAGGAAACCGGUGGUGGUGGUGCCGCCGGAGCAGGAGGCGAAUUGGGUAGUCAAGAAAGUGCAAUUUGAGAGCACCCAACAAUUCAAGCCACUUGAAGAUGACCACAUUGAGCAAAUGAUUGAGGAAUUGCUUGACUAUGGUUCAAUUGAGCUCUGCCCUGUUGUGCCACCACAGGAGGCUAUGUGAUCUAAGUCCAAAACAUCUACCACUUUCUGUGCUAAAUUGCUAAUGUCACUCAUUUUGCUAAUUUAACCCAUUUUUCUCAACCUUUUUCAGAACUUGUUCAAGUGUAUUAUUAUUAGAUCAUCCUCUAUGUUCCUAGAAUUUUAAUUCUAAGUGACCCCAUUUGAGGACGCUAUAUGUACAGUGUACUAUUUAUUCCAUGAUAUAAUAUCAUAUUUCCAUUUGAGUAA